AUGGAUCAAAGUCAAGGAACCGGGCAGCAUUAUACUGAGUGUGCAACUUGCACGAAUUACUCCAAAUUCUACUGGAACACCUGUCACCAGAGAAUAUGUGAGCAGUGCAGAGAGGACCAUCUCAAUAAAAAGGAAAAUAUAAAUCAUGAAGUAGUUCUUUACCAGGAUAGAGCAAAGGAGUUACCGAAACAAAACUGCAAGGUCCAUCCUACAAAAAUGAUAGACCUAGGCUGUAUUGAUUGCAAAUGUUUUCUCUGUCCUAAAUGCUUUGCCUUAUAUCAUAAUGGUCACAGAAUGUUAGAUUUAGAAAUUGCCUACAAUGAAAGUUUUAAGUACUGCCAGAAAGAAAUGAUCGAGAUCCAAGACACAAUUUUACCGCAAAUCAAACAAAAUCUACAGAUAAAGAAGGAAAAUGUUGUUACUGUUAAAAAAGAGAUAACGGAAGUAAGAUUGUCCAUGAAGAAGAGAGCAGAGGAGAUCAUAAAAGCUAUCGAGACCAUAUUUAAUGACAAUAAUUCUAUGCUAGACAGAAUUGAAAAAAUCUGUGCUUGGCCACAUGGUAACAGAAGAAAAAGAGACAGAAGAUUAUAUUUCUUAUCUGGAGGAAUUGUCAGAAAAUCUAAACAGGGGUUUGUCAUCGGAGAAAGCUUCUGA